AUGGCGGAAUGAUAGCGCCUGAAGAAAUGUGUUUAUAAAAUAAUGUUAUAUUUUCAGCAUGGAUUGUCCGGUUAUGGGACAUGAGAGGUUAUGGAAGAGAAAGUAGGACCUUUUACUUUUAUUUCUAACUUUGACUCGGGAAAUUUAGCGCGCGUUGAAAGAGUAAAAACUGAAGACGCUUCUUCCAGUCCAGAGGAUUGUGAUGGAGCUGUGGUGAUAAAUCCUGACUUUGAUUACAAUGUUUGGACGGCUCCCGACUGUGCUGGCACCGAGUUUGAAAAUCAAAAUCGAACAUGGUUUUAUUUCGGUAUCAAAGGAGGUCAACCUGGAAAACUUUUACGGAUAAAUAUCUUGAAUUUAAAUCGACAGGGAAAGUUGUACGGUCAAGGCAUGACUCCGCUGGUGAAGGUUGUCCCAUCCAGGAACAAAUGGGAGAGAAUACGAGAUAAACCGAAAUAUGAGACUGUUGAUGGCCAGUUUAGACUGUCAUUCACUUAUCGCUUUCCUGAUCAGCGCAGUGGAGUUCACUACUUUGCUUUCUGCUAUCCAUACUCAUACUCAGAUUGCCAAGCAAAGCUUGAUGAUUUAGACAGAAGCUUUACCAUAUGUCAGCAAAUGACCCCCUCUGAACCAAAAGACUCUAUCUAUUUCUAUCGGGAACUUUUGUGUUACACACUGGACAGCUUAAGAGUAGACCUUCUAACAAUAACUUCUGCAAAGGGCAUGAUGGAGGAGAGGGAAGAAUCUCUGCCAAGUCUUUUUCCAGACAAAACUGUUCCUAGGGCUCACAAGUUUGAAGGGAAGAAGGUGUUUUUCCUGAGUGCCAGGGUACAUCCAGGGGAAACUCCAUCAAGUUUUGUAUUCAAUGGAUUCCUAGACUUUAUUUUACGCCAAGAUGAUCCCAGAGCUGCAGCAUUACGGGACCAAUAUGUGUUUAAGUUGAUACCAAUGUUGAAUCCAGAUGGUGUCAAACGUGGCCAUUACCGCACUGAUCAGCAAGGUGUGAACUUGAAUCGAGUGUAUAUGGAUCCUGAUCCUCUCCUUCAUCCUUCAAUCUUUGCAGCCAAAAGUAUCAUUUUGUAUCACCACACUAUAGGAAACUUGCACAAAGAUUCUGAGCACCAUAAUGCUUGUGUAUGUGAUACAGAGAAGGCAAAAAAAGUCAUUGUAAACCUUAACACUACAUCUGUUGAAACUGGCUCUGAAUUCUUCACAAACAAAGAUAUUUUAGAUUUGCAGUCAGUUCCUUCUGAGUUAAAGCCAGAGUUGCCAGAACCUGAGUCUGUAAAAAUGGAUUUCAUAAGUGUGGAGGGCAAUGGAAUGAUAGACAAAGAUGCCAACAAUAACAAGAACAAGGAAACACUCUCAUCAAAUUUAGACUCUCUAGCAUUGAAAAUGUCACCUGAUGUUCAGACUGGUGCCUCAAAUGAUGCACUUCAAAUGGACACUGUUGUUUCUAAUCAGCUUUCAAAUGAAAGUACAAGCAGCAUGUCAAGUGACUGCCAUUCAGAAAAGCAGUUAAAUACAAGAACUCUAGACCAGCCUCAGUUCAAAACGGUGUUGAACAAGAAAGAACCUGCAAAUUGCACCUAUUGCUCUUCACAGACUUCAUCUGAGCAAAGCAGUGGGGUUGCAUACUAUGUUGAUCUGCAUGGCCAUGCUUCAAAGCGCGGAUGCUUUGUCUAUGCAAAUUACCUGGAGAAUGAAGACAAUUAUGUCAGCUCUAUUUUAUUCCCAAAACUCAUCUCUUUGAAUUCAACAAACUUUGACUUUGCAGCUUGUAACUUUACUGAAAAGAACAUGUACAGCAAGGACAAGCGAGAUGGCAUGUCCAAAGAAGGAAGUGGGAGGGUUGCCAUCUAUAAAGCCACUGGGAUAAUUCACAGUUAUACACUAGAGUGUAACUACAACUGUGGGCGCACAGUCAAUUGCUUGCCACCUGCCACUUGCGAUAAUGGGUGUGCUACUCCACCUCCUUUGCCUGGCUUCCCACCCAAGUAUACACCAGAGAUUUAUGAAGAGGUGGGGCGAGCAAUGGCAGUGGCUGUACUUGAUAUGAACAAUACCAACCCCUGGACACGACUUCCUCUCAGUGAGUUUACAUCUUUAGAAGGAGUCAAGAAUUGGGUCAGGCGGUUUGUCAAGAGUUCCAAGAAUGCACCCUCAGUACCCAAGAAACUCUCUCGAGUUAUUACUAAAACUUCAAGUAUGGUGGCAGGAGCAACAGCAAGUACACGUCAGAAAUUAUCUGUAUUGGCAAGUUCAUCCAGUGAUGUGUCUUCUGAUAACGCAGCUAGUGGAGGGCACAGAACAACAGAUCAUCCAUCACAGAAUGGAACAAAUGUUAACAAGGAAACUGGUAAAAAGCCAGCUACUGAUACUGUGAGGCGGCCAUAUCACCUGGCAAGUACCCAAAAGACAUCCUUGCAAGGAACAGGGGCCCAGAGUGGAAAGAGUGGAAAGAACCAUCAUGAUGAUACAUGCUCUUCAUCACCUGGGACUCUGUCAGGAGCCAACAGAAGAGAUCAGUUAUCUGGGCCAGGACCUUUGAGAGCAACAGUGUUCAAAGCAAAAGAACAACCAAGAGUUUCUUUGGAACUUCCCAAAACGGGUCCAACUCUGAGGCUGGUGCACAAUUUACGUCAUCAGCCCCAAGGUCAUGUCCAGCCUACAUCAUUGUCCAGUAAAUCUUUAUCAUCUCCUGUUGAGAUUAAAAUGAGCACUAUUGAUGUCCACAAGCAGUUCAUUAGUUUUCACAGAAGCAAACCAGGCGUGGCAUUAAGGAAUGGCCACAGUAGCCAGAGUGAUGAAGAGAAGAAAAAAAAGAAUGUUCGUCCAAGGAGGAAAAAUGGAAGGAAAAAAGAAAAAAAUGGCGAAGCAGUGGCUAGAGAUGAAAUUCAACCUUCUGAAAUAUCUUCAUCAAGGCCCCCAGCGGCAGAGGAUAUUCAUGUUAGCACAGUUGAGAAAGAAGAGGAAGGGAAAUCCAAGAGUACUCAACUGUCACGCAGAAACAGUUCCAAGAAUAUGAUAAGCUGUAGCAUGAUGUCUUGUGAAGUUGUGGAUAUCAAGGAGUUACCACACACACCUCAGAGUGGCAGCAGCACAAAUCCUUUGACAUUCUGGCCAAACACAUCUGUCAGCUGACAUAACAGGAGUGAAGACCAUUUUUUAAGCUUCAUGGUGUAUUUACUAAAAAUUUCAGAGUGGAAAAGUGUUUUUAAGCAUACACAAUUUUAUGUAGAUUUACAACAAAAGAUUGAAAGUUUUUGUCUUAAAGUUUAUAGGAUAUGUCUUAACUGUACAAGGAUUAUUUAAAUUUUAAAAUGUUUUUCUCUAUUUAUACUGUGGAAAUCAAACAAGGAAGCUAUGUUAUUUUUUUAAAGUAUUACAUGUAGGUUAGUGGUAAUGUAAUUUUCUGAGUGAAGGGCUCACUUUCAAUUAUUCUAGGAUUGCUUUUCUUUCCUUUUAUCACUCUAUGCAUCUGGUAUUGGCCAACUGGAAAUUACACUCUACAAUCCUUGCAACUGAGAUGUUUUCCUCCAUUCUGAUAAGCCUUGUGAUAACUUUGAUAUUCAUUUUUGUGGUACACAAUCAAAAAUUGUACUGUGAGCAAGCAUGUUGUUAUCAUCAACAGUGAUGUGGUAUUCAUUGAUUGGAGUGUGGAGUGAGUUGGUUUGUGAUGAUUUGAAAACAAAUUUUAAAAAAUAUUCAUGGUUGAUAUUUUAUUGUUGGUUAAUGUUUCUUUCGACAAGUAGCUUUUAGUUAUACUGAGUUGAUUAAACAUGUAAAACAAAGUAAAUUGGUAUUGAGUACUGCAGUGUGGUUGUUUAUUUCAAGUUACCAUUACUUACUCUUUUUUAGUGGGCUGGUUUGGUAGACAGAGGUUGAAGACACUCUUAGUUUUUACCAAACAUCUAAAUAGCA